AUGUACUCCAACAAAGGAGAGCAGUGUUUAGUCAAAGAAUAUUAUGAACAAUUUAGAACUGAACUGCCAUCGUCUUUGAUAUUGCAAAACAUGAUAGACUCAAACAAAAUUGGGUCGUUCAAUAUCAUCAUUUUUCCAUUGUUUGUGGUGCCUUAUUACAGAUACAAAAAGACCAAGAAAAGUCUUGAAAAUGUCUUGGCACAAUUCAAUUUAUACAACUCGGCUUUUUUCAAUGAACGCGACAAACAAACAAAAUCACUGAACUUUUCAAUACGAGUGUUUUCGUUGACUUGCCGACUUAUUGAUUGCCUCAAAAUUUUGAUAAAUUGUGCAGAAGGAUUCUGUCUUGCAAUUGAUGACCCAAUUUUAAAGGCGAACAAACACAAACUAGACGUCCACUUAUCCACAUAUUCUUUGGACAUUCUCUAUUUAAUGCCAUUUGAGAAUAUCACAGCGACUGUGAAUACAAUUGUUGAUUAUUUAGAAAAGUGUGCAACGUGUUAUCUCUUCUUUGUAACAAAGAGACAACUGGAAAACAUCCAGACCGAUUUCCAAUCAAGUAAGAAGGAAGUUUUAUAUUCCUUGAAAAUCAUCUACGUAGUUGUAUUUAUUAUGGAUGAGAUUAUGCACCUCGACAAUGUUGUCUUCACAAAAAGUGUGAUCAAAUCACUCGACCGAUUUUAUUUUGAGACGAAAAACAAUUUCAAAAAGAACAAGUUAGAGAUUGAGGAAUUCACAAGGACAAUCAAAAACUUUAUGAAUUGCUUUUAUGAGCGCACAAAAAUUCAAUUGAAAAUGAUGGUGUUAGCGUGUCAGAUGAUUAAAGAAAACGUCUGUGUUGAAGAGAGUCAAGUGUUGUUACUUCAAACUUACUACACUAUACGAGACCAAUUCUUCGUUUCUUCUAAUGAAAAAGUCCAACACCCGCUUUCAAGCUUUUACGUUUACUCCGCAGCAACAAAAACGUUUAUUUUGGGACUAAAAUCGUUUGAAAAUAUAAGAGAAAAAUAUGUUGUUGCUGACAAAAUUCAGACGUCGAUCAUUGGUGGAAUACACCAUCAAUUUUACUUCACAACUUCGUUUCUGAAAAUCCUAAUAUCUGAGUGCAAAGACUUCAGACAAUUUUUGUUAAACCCCAAUGAUAUGGAUACACUCGUCCUCUUUGGAGCAGUCAAAAAUUUUAUUGAAAGGAAGAUUCUUGAUAUUGAAAACCAAGAGAAAACUUAUAUGAAAUGUACUGACUGGAUGUUUGCAAAGAUGUCAAUGUGUUGCCUUGACGCGUUCAAGCAUUUCAUAGUUGAAAAGGUGAAGAAAACAGAACUCAAAAAAUGCUUACAAAUUGUUGAAAAAAAGAUGCUUUUUGACAACCUUUUAGUUGUCUUUCAUGACAUCUUAUCAGCUGGGUUUCAACACAUUAAAAAUGCUUUAGACUUAACAGACAAAACGUUCAGAAGCCACUUGGUCAAACUGAUUGGAAUGGUCGAGACUAAUCAGUAUCUUGAUAUUGAGGAGUUGAUCCAUAAAGUCCCUAUUGAAAUGCAAUUGACAUCGAAAGAUAUCAAUAACAUCAAUACAUUUUCAAUGAUGUUUUAUGACAAAGAAGUGUUAAGCACCAAUUCGAAUGUUUUUCUGUGUAACGUUCUCAGUUUUUCCGAUUUAAAAAAGAUAAAAACAGACAUCUGUUUACUUCCAAAGAACAAGAAAGAUGUGAAUAUUCGAGCAUUUGUCUUCUUGAUGGCGCUUAUUCGUUCUUCAAAAAUUGAUCCUCAAAUUUCUCCCAUAUUUAUGUACAGUCGAGUGAUGUCUCUGUAUGUCUUUUUAGAGCGAAUAACAACCACCAAAACAAUUGAAAUAUUAUGGCGACAGCUUUUCUUUGUUUUCUUUGUUGAAGAUGGUAAUUUGAUUCGCAAAGGCAAAGUGCGACAUGUGCAAAAUGAAGACCCUCAAUUGGUUUCCCUUUUGGAUAACAUGGAAAAAACACUUGUUUCUCAAAUAUUUGAAAUGCGACUUGAAGUGUUCAAAACUGAUUAUUUAUACUCGCUAAGUAAUUUGUAUUUCUCUUUGACAGAGGAUAUAAAAUGUCCAGAAAAGAUAAUACUCAACAAACACAUUGCUUCUUACUACGCACACAUCAUGUCAAAAGUCUUAACAAAAGUGUCCACUGAAAACGAAUUUUUAGACAUCGAAAGGCGGCUUUUGGAGACAAAUUUGGAAAGUGAAAAUGUCGCGCAAAUCUGUAUAUUGACUUGCAAAAUAUAUGUCAAGUUGUUUGAAUGCAUAGAAAUGCUCAAACUCAACAUGAAAACACUCUCAAGAACAAAAAGAGACUUUUUAUCGGACUUUUCUUAUAAAAAUCAGAUGGUCCAACAACUUAAAACUGAUUUGCUGUUAUUCAAUUUCCUUGCUUGUUCCUUCUUUUCGACUUUGAAAGAUACAAAUUUAAGUGUACUUACUUCGAUGAUCAAAGUUCAUUUGCGUACAGUCGUCAAAAUGGUAGAUUCAUGCCACUCCUGUUAUUUCCCUGAAGAAGCGGAUUCCAACAGAUUUAUACCCAAAC